AUGGCGGACGUUGCGGGACUUAUCAUCGGUGUUGCCGCUCUGUGGCAAUCGUGCAUACAGGUCUACGAACUCGUCGACUCCACGCGCCAGCAUGGCAUGGAAUUCGAGCUUCUCAACGUCAAGUACGAAGUCGAGCGCGUUCGUCUACUUUGCUGGGGUGACGCCGUCGGUCUUGCCAAUGUGCAGACAGCAGACGGAGCGCGGACACCCAGGAUCAGCACUCCUGAAUCCACGACGAACCGCUUAGAUGUCCGACUUCGUCGUGACGAAGUGCGCGGCACCGUGCUCCGGCUGCUCGGAUGCAUUCAGCACGUCUUUCAGAAUACGGAGCGGCUACAAGAUCACUAUGGUCUUCAAGAGGCCGCUCCGAUUAGUCUGACAGCCGGCCGAGGCCAAGGCGAUCUGCAAGGACAAGCACCACCGUCGCAGAGCCAGCGCAUUCUGAAUGGAGUGUUUCGGCGUGCAUACGAUAAUCUACGUCGCAUGGCUGGCGAGCGGCAGCGAACGACGCCGUUGACACGUCGAACGGUAUGGGCGGUUCGUGAUCGCCGGAAGUUCGACAUGCUCGUCAGUGAGUUGCGGGGAUUCAAUGAUAGUCUUGAGAGCAUGUUUCCGGAUGCGCAAAUACGGGCGGCCGAGGCCAUGAGAAUCGAGAUCGAAGGUGCCGUCGAGAUCCACAUGUAUAAGAGGAAGAAGUACAUUAGAGUACCCACAAAGGAAAACCAUAUAAAGUUCGAGAAUGAAAAUCCGGGAACCGUUACUGUUGAAGGCUAUGGCCUAGAGUGUUGGGAUUUCGAAGCAACAAAACCAGACAACAGGAAGACGACCAUUAUGAACCACGAAGGGAAGUUUGGUUGGAGUCCGGACAAGGAAGAACUCGACCUUAAAGAGAUGGUUGGAACCCUUGGUAUCACUUACUUCAAUACUCAAUACGCCACGGACCCAAACCGAUGGAUCAGUAACCUUUACAAUGUCUUGAACCGCACUGAUAUCUUCGCCGACUUUCCAGACUCUUCUAGUGUUGGUCUGCAGUGGUCUGGUAACGUGACUGACACCUGCAUUGGGGUUUGGAAUUUCUUACGUCAAAUCAUUGUUGCCCGGGAACUAGCCAUUCGUUUGAAAAACCUGGACGGAACCAGAGGUUACACCGGUUUUACUGAGCGGAUUCUAGGCUCUCUUAUUGUCUCUGACUUGUGGCUGAAGCAUGUACGAAUUAUUCUCGUGGAUGCAAAACUGCCGACCGGUGUUCUUCAAGGCCCCGAAACAGAGGAGGCAAAGGCAAAGGCCGAGGAGUUCAAGAAUCAGGGCAACGAAGCAUUGAAGAAAGGCGAGUACGAUAAAGCGGUCGACCUGUAUACCGAGGCAAUCAAGCUCGAUCUCUCCAAUGCUAUAUACAGAUGUAACAGAUCGGCGGCAUUGAUGGGCCUAGAAAGAUAUGAGGAUGCAGAGGAAGAUGCCUACGUAGCAACUGUAUGCGAUCCGAAAUACGCCAAAGCCUUCUCUCGACUUGGAAUGGCCGUAUUCAAACAAGGUGAUGCCAAGCGAGCGAAACAGGCAUACGAACGGGCAAUCCAAGUCGCUGGAAAGAACGCCACACCACAAAUGCGCCAGGGGCUUGCCAGUGCCGAGGCGAAGAUCGAGGAAAAAAUCAGAGGCAUCAAAGCAGAGAAGGAUGUCGCUAAGCAGCAUGCCCUGCACUCUACAUGGUUUGACGAGGAUUGGGAAAUUUUGGGCAAGACAGUUGAGUUUCACUCAGUUAUACACGAACAACAAGUGGAAGGCUUGCUGUUGUUCGCCGAGCGUAUGCGCUGGCCAUACGUUAACGAGGUGCGCGAUUACGCAGAAGAUGUCUACAGUAGCAUCCGUGCCGGGGGUACGGUUGGCAUCGACCUGCAUGACUGGCUGUACGGUAUCGUGCUGCCCGGGAAAUGGUUUGCCUUUAAGAUUAUGACGGCCCUAGUUCAAUGCACGCUAAGUAUAAAAGAUAAAACCGGCAUCGCUCCAUAUUUUGACUGCGGCCUCGUGCUGUCCACACGAUCAUAUUGGCGACUAAGGACGGUUCUGGGGCGAGUUCUGGGCUGUUUGCCCGGUGUUACCUCGCUGUGUGGCUGGAUUGGACCUUGCCCAAAGGUCGAGUUUGACCCUCCGCUCGAGGGACCAAUUCAGCCUUGCCAUAUUAGGGUCAAGGCGAGGCGAGUUGCCCUAACAGACCACAAACCCGAUUUGGAUGAAGCCAUUUGGCAGAGCAAUCCGUACGAUCGCCGCGACGCGACACGUAUUCGCCCCGACGAAGAGAUGGAGCCAUACCUAGCCGAGCUGCGCGAUUCCAAUAACUGGAUCAUCCCAGAGCCGCCGGUACGAGAUGUUGGAACCUGCGAGGUUGUUUCGAUCAAGCUCAAGAAGCUAGCACUGCAAGUGGAUGUGGCGCAAAAGGCGGCACAGGGGAAGAUACAAGACACGGAAGCAGAGCGUGAGACAGAGUAUCGGGCCAGCAUUACAUUCAAGAUGGACAAUAACGAGGAUCCUAUCACCUACAAGCUUUUUACGAAUCCAGUCUUUGUCGUCCCACCUUCUUGUCUCGAAGGUCCAAAAGGUGUCCAUGAGGUCCAUAUGAGAGAGUUGCCGCGAUAUCAGACAAAUAUAUGGUCAGUGGACAGGCUCAAGGAUCACUUGGCCGAAGACACUGAGGGUAAUGAGGUCAUGGUCAUCAAUGCAACUGGAAAGGGGGCGGAAGUCUUGGCUCGCGCGUGGUGCCCUGAACGGGGGCGUGACACCAUCAAAUCCUAUUAA